AUGCUUAAGUUGAAGAAUCCUAACUCGGUAAGUUAUGUUGAAGUAGAUGCGGCAAAAAGUUUUAAGUAUCUAUUUUUCGCAUUUGGAGCUUCCGUAGAAGGGUUCGUAGCGAUGAGGAAAGUUAUCAUUGUGGAUGGAACACAUCUUAAGCAUGUUUAUGGUGGAGUUCUGCUUGUUGCGACGGCUCAAGAUCCUGAUCGCCACCAUUACCCUAUUGCAUUUGGUGUAGUUGAUGGUGAGAAAGAUGAAAGCUGGACGUGGUUUAUGAAUAAUUUGAGGUCAGUGAUAUCAGAUGUAGACGGAUUGGUGUUUCUUUCGGAUAGAAAUGCGAGCUUGAUCAAGUCAAUACGUGAGGUGUUCCCAACGGCCGCACAUGGGUAUUGUGUCUGGCAUUUGUCUCAAAAUGUGAAAGGACAUGUAUUCAACAACAGAGACGUUUGUGCAAUCAAGUUUAGAGAAUGCGCAUAUGCUUAUACAGUGGCUGAGUUCGAUGUUCUCUAUGAUGCUUUUUCCAGAAAGUAUCCUUCUGCUGCCGAGUAUCUGGAAAAGAGUGUUGAAGUGGGAAAAUGGGCAAGAUGUUACUUUGAAGGAGACAGAUACAAUGUUGACACAACCAAUGCAGCAGAAUCUAUCAAUGGUGUUCUUCGGGAAGCGAGAAAAUACUUCAUGCUACCGAUGAUUGAUGUUAUCAUUAAGAAAAUGGCUGAAUGGUUUAACAAACAUAGGAAGAAGGCAGCCCAAAUACCAGCCACGAAGAAGCUUGUGCCUACAGUAGAAACCCAGUUGUCAAAAAGAUCUUUGGAAGCGAGGUGUUUAGAUGUGGUUGAGAUAAACAGCUUUCACCUUGAGUACAAUGUCAAUGGUAGUGACGGAAAGGUUUAUACGGUUGAUUUGGCAAGAAAAAUGUGCAGCUGCAGGUGCUUUGAUAUAGACAAAAUCCCGUGUGUUCAUGCAUGUGCUGCUGCCAAGUUCUUGAGCGUUGGAACGGACCUCCAUAUACAAGACUUUUGUUCGGUAUACUAUACGGUGGAGCUUUGGGCGUUGGCAUAUUGUAGGACGAUUUAUCCUGUGCCACAUCAGUCUGAAUGGGUUAUACCAGAUGAAAUUCGAGCACUCAAAGUUCUUCCUCCAUUAUAUGUUAAAAAGAAAGGACCCACUCAGAAGCAAAGGUUUCCAUCAGCCGGAGAAUCUCGUGGACGUGGAAGAGGGCGAGGAAGGGGAAGGGGAAGAGGAAGGGGAAGCAGCAGAGGAAGGAGAGGCGGACGUUUGUAUGAGUAUUUUGAGUGUGGAAGUACUUCUGCAACCGCCGAGUAG